AUGGCAGUCCCAUGGAAGCAACCUCCCCAGAAGGAGUAUCUCCUUCAUAACGCCACCAUAAUCUCCCCCGUCGACGGCUCCCUCCAUCGCAAUGCGACCCUCCAUCUCGCCGACGGCAAGAUCCGCAGCAUCACCGACUCUGCGGCCCCCGCAGCGCCCGCAGACGCCGUCCACGUCGACCUCACCGGCAAAUACGUCUGCCCCGGCCUGACAGACUGCCACGUCCACGUCACCGCCGUGCCCGGCGGCAAAGGCCUCAACGAGACCUUCCUGAUGCACCCGGACCGGUCGAAGCUGCGCCAGCCCUUCGUCUGCCAGCAGAUCCUGCAGCGCGGCUUCACCACGAUCCGCGACUGCGGCGGCGCCGGGCUCGCGCUGAAAGAAGCCCUCGCCGAGGGCGUCAUCCAGGGCCCGCGGCUGUUCAUCGCCGGCCACGCGCUCAGCCAGACAGGCGGGCACGGCGACCCGCGCGACGCGUUCAACGACACCCGCCCCGCCGGGGACGACUGCUGCGCCGGCCUGAUCAUGGGCCUGGGCCGGAUCGUCGACGGCGCGGAGGCGUGUCUGAAGGCUGCGCGGGAGGAGCUGCGUCUUGGGGCUGACUUCAUCAAGAUCAUGACCGGCGGCGGCGUGGCGAGUCCCACGGACGCGCUCGAGCAUCUCCAGUUCUCGGCGGCGGAGAUCGCGGCCAUCACGUCCGUGGCGGCGCAGCGCGAGACCUACGUCACGGCGCAUGCGUACACGCCGCAGUCGAUCCGGCACGCGAUCGACAACGGCGUCAGGGGCAUCGAGCACGGUAACCUCAUCGACCCCGACACGGCGCGGCUCAUGGCCGACCGCGGCGUGUUCCUCACCCCGACGCUGGUCACGUACGCGGAGAUGGCGUCGGACGAGUGGCGCGGGUUUCUGCCGCCGGAGCUGAUGGCCAAGAAUGGGACGGUCCUGGCGAAGGGACUGCAGUCGCUGCGGAUUGCGAAGGAGGCGGGCGUGACGAUCUGCUAUGGGACGGAUCUGCUGGGCGCCAUGACAGCGGCGCAGACGAGGGAGUUUAGCAUCCGUGCGCAGGUGUUGUCGCCACUGGAGAUCUUGCAGAGUGCGACUAUCAAUGCGGCGCGCAUGAUGGGGCAGGAGUCUCGACUCGGUCAGGUUAAGGAGGGAUAUGUCGCCGACUUGUUGGUUCUAGAUCGGAAUCCCCUGGACGAUAUCACCGUCUUGGACGACCCCGACAAGCAUCUGCUGGCUGUGCUCAAGGAAGGCCGUGUGCAGGUCAGUCGGUGGUCCAAGAUGCCGCAGGAGGUGUUUGGCGUGCUUCCGGUGAUUGAGUAG